AUGGAGUCAACUGGAUCGAGUAUCGUUCACCAACGCCUCGAUGCUCUGGAUGCUCGACUUUCGUGGUUCUACGUUCGUCUACUGCUGCUAACGGGGGUGAGCUGGGCGGUGCAUGGCGCUGAGUUUGUUCUCUUCACCUUUACUCGCCGCCUCGUCGCCCACAACGUUGGUAUGGGGACGUACGCGCUGGAAGCUCUCGGCAUCGGUGUCUUCCUUGGAGCUGCUGUAGGGGGUCCGCUCUUCGGUAUUCUCGCAGAUGCGCGCGGUCGACGCUCGGCUCUGUUAUUCGCCAUGACUCUAUCGCUAGCGGGUCUGGCAUUGUCAGCCAUGGCAAAGAGAGACUACCAUGUAAUCGGAGCGAGAAUUGUUGCGGGUAUUGGACUUGGUGGAGAGCUCCCAGCUGCUACGGUCUUAGUACAAGAAUUGGCGCCAAGAUCCAUGCGAGGUCGCAUGGUAGCUUUACUUGAGGCUUUCACGGGUGUAGGCGGUGUAAUCGGUGUAGCGUUGGCCUUCGGUCUAGCGCCUCAGCUCGGAUGGAGAGCGACUUACUUGGCAAUCUGUGGCUGCGUGUUGUACGCGGGAGUGCUGCGCAUUGGUAUUCCAGAAUCACCGCGGUGGCUGGCGAGUGUCGGCCGAGCGGACGAAGCUCUGCGCGUCUUGCUAUCCAACAGAUUUGUGCAUACACUGGUCCUGUGGACGUUAUGGACUGUAAUGGCGGUGUCAUCCUACGCUCUGGGGGUAUACAUCCCGACACUGAUUAGUAUGUCUGGGUUUAACAUGUACGAAAGAUGGAAUACCAUUGCGUUGUUACAUGGAUCCCAGAUACUCGGCUGCAUCGCAGCUUCGUGGAUGCUGGAGGCUAGAGGUCGCAAGCACUAUAUGCCGUGGAACCGGUUCGUAGUGAUCAUUGGGACUUGCUCCGUGUCCGCUUUACUCGCUGGAACCUGGAGCUGUGUGCUCGCCUACACACCUGAAACUUUCAACGCGGCUGUACGAUCCCGUGGGGUGGCCUACGCGUUUGGUUUUAGCCGUUUAGGAGCCACCGGUGGUGCACUACUCUAUCCUCACAUGUUCGAUGUGUGGCUCAUCUGCUACGGUCCUCGGAGUUGUAGUUCCCUACGGCUUUGA